AUGACAGAUAUAUUUUCAGUUUCAAAUUUUUCAACUUAUCCAAUUCCUUUUAUUAAACCAGACUAUCAAAAUUUAAUUAAUGAUGACUUAUUAUAUCAAUUUGACGAAGAUAUUGACAAUAUUCAAUCUUGUCAUUUAUCAAUGUAUUUAAAUAAUAAUAAUGAACAAAUUGAUAGUAGAAAUGAUUUAGAUAUAAGCACAAAUAAUAAUAAAAAUAUCUAUGAAAAUUAUUCAUCAAUAGAAAAUGAAAAUUUAAUAAAUUAUCAUGAUAUUUUAAGUAUUGCAAUUGAUGGUAAAAAACAAUUUAAUUAUGAACAUAAUAAUAACAACAAUAAUAAUAUUCAUUUUAAUUCAUAUGAUACAAAGAGUUAUAUCUGUACCCCAUCAAAUCAAAUUGAUAAAAAAAAUAAAAGUGAUAUUGAAUCUCAUUAUAUAUAUCAUCAAUUAGAAAAUAAUUCAAAUUCAUAUAAUAAUUAUAAUUUCCCAAAUAAUAUUCCAUCAAUUUCUUCUGAUGAAGAAGAAGAAGAAGAAGAAGAAGCAGAAGCAGAAGCAGAAGAUUUAGAUAUUUAUAGUGACGUAAUUCAUACAAUCCCAAUUAGAACAAAAUAUCAAGUUCCAAUACUGAAUACAAAAUGUAUAUAUGAAGAAUUUUUAAAAGAUCACGAUUCAAUUUUAACUGAUAAUUCAUGUCAUUCUGUUCCAAUUCAUGAAAAUAUUACAAAUGAUUCAACUUUUAAUAGUACAAUUAAUUAUGACUUAGCUCGUUAUGAAUUUCCAAUUAAAGAAAUUACAAAUUCAUCAAAGAAUACUCAAUAUUUAUCAAAUAUUCCGAGACUUAUUCCAGAUUCAUUUAAUGAAAGUUCAAUGACCGAUAAUAAAUAUGUUAGAAAUAUUCAAACAUUGGAAUAUAAAAAUCAAAAUUUUCUUUAUAAUGCAAUCGAGGAUACAAGUACUAAAUUAAGUGAAGAUGAAAUUUAUAAUAAUAAAGCAGCAUCAAAUGGAACUGAAUUUGAGUUUAUUUGUAAAUUACAAAAAAAACUUUAUCGUUAUUUCAGUAAUGCUGAUUAUUUAGAUAAAGUACGCUUCCAAGAAAUUUCAUAUAGAUUCAGUAAAACGUACUACUGA